UGCCAAGACUUCAUGGUGCCUAUCAGCAUCGACUACGAGGCUGCAGAGUUCAAUGGCACGCAGUGGAAAAAUGGAUACGACCUCGAAGACUUCCUCACUAGCCUCACCACUCGCCCCGGAACCACGGGUCCCCCUCCUCUUGGAAACAAGAAGCGCUUCAAAGGUAGCUACGAGAUUGCAGCUAGCUUCUGUGUGCCGAAGAAAAAGAAUGGGAAGGAGAAAACUGUGAUUGUGGCUACUCAUGGCAUCGGCCCUGCUCGGACACAUUGGAAUUCCCCGUUCCGGCCCCAAGACUUCAACUUCGUACAACACGCCAUGGAUAAAGGUUAUUCAGUCUUCUUCUAUGAUCGUCUAGGCUGUGGUGCCUCAACGAAGAUCGAUGGUUUUGAGGCCCAGCUUGAGACAGCCAAAGCCGUACUACAAGCGCUAGCGAAGAUGGUGAAGGAAGGCAAAUAUACCGGUUCAAUCAAGGCUAACAAAGUUGUUGUCAUGGGUUUCUCUUUUGGUUCUUACACGACCCAUGCGGCCAUCGCCGACAAGCCUGAGAUCGCCGAUGCCGUAGUCCUCACUGGGAUUGGCUUCAACUCUUCCGGUCUCAACCUCAAUGGCUUAGUCCGCUCUUUCAUCCCCAGAAUCGCCAAUGUUGAGAACCCAGCUCUCUACGGCAACCGCAACAUCGGCUACCUUACCUGGCCUGACGUCUAUGGCCUGAUUCACAACUACUUCAAAGCCCCCGCCUACGACUUCGAAACCGCCCUCUUCACGGAGUCCGCCAAGGAGCCCUUCUCUGCCGGCGAAUUGCUCACGUUCGCCAACACUAUUAGCGCCGAAAAAUGGGACAAGCCUGCUCUCCACAUCACCGGUGAGAAGGACUACAUUGUUUGCGACGGCUACUGCCCUGGAAUCUAUGACGAGCCUGCUAAGACUCUCUAUAAGAAUGCGAAGCCCCUCCAGCAAAGCAUCACAAAGGGCGCUAGCCAUCAUCUCAAUUUCCAUAACAAUGCGAAGGAUACCUUCAACGUUAUUACGGAUUUCUUGAGCAAGAACGGGUUUUAG